GCCGUGCCCCGCUCCGGCGGCUGGGGCUGCGCUGGGAAGGGAACAGGGGGUGCCCGCGGUGCCCCACAUCCCUUUUUGGUGCCCAUUUAUGUGGGGCGGAGGGUCGGGGAUUGUCCUGCAACGUUCCAAGCGCCCAGGAGUGACCCGUCCGUGACGCUGGUGAGGAGCCCCCAGCUGCGGAGCACCGGGCACAAGCACCGACGGGGGAUCCUCGGGGACGUGGCGGCUCCACCUUGGGCCGCCCCGGCGCAGCGCGGCCAUGCCCAUCCUCAAGCAACUGGUCUCCAACUCUGCCCACUCCAAGCGGCGCUCGCGGGCCGACCUGACGGCCGAGAUGAUCAGCGCGCCCUUGGGGGACUUCCGCCACACCAUGCACGUGGGGCGGGCAGGGGACGCCUUCGGGGACACCUCCUUCCUCACCAGCAAGGCCGGGGAACCGGGGCCUGAGGCGGGUGAGGAACCGGGAGCCUCCAAACCCGGCCUCCUCUCCCGCCGUUUCCGCAGCAGCAAGCGCUCGCAGUCGGUGACGCGGGGUGACCGGCGGGACAUGCUGGGCUCGCUGCGGGACUCGGCCCUCUUCGUGAAGAAUGCCGUCUCCCUGCCCCAGCUCAACGAGAAGGAGUUGGACAGGAGCGCGGGGCAGCUGCCCAAGAGCCUCUCCUCCAGCCCCGUCAAGAAGCUGCCCGAGGAGGGGAGCCCCGAAGAGCAGCAACGUCCCAACGGGGCGGCCGCCGGGCCCCUCAGCCCCGGCUUGGAUGAGCGUGACUUCGGGGACAUCACGGAGCUGCCGGUGGUGGUGGCCAAGAGCGGGGCGGGCAUGAAGCACGCCGAGUCCAUCAUGUCCUUCCACAUCGACCUGGGGCCCUCCAUGCUCGGGGACGUCCUGAGCAUCAUGGAUAAGGAGCAGUGGGAGCAGGAUGAAGACCCCGAAGCGGAGGAGAGGCGUGAGGAGGAGGUGGAUGCCACCCUGCCCGGCUCCCCGGUGGCAGCGGUGGCCCCACCGAGCCAGAGCCCAUCCCGUGGCAGCGGUGGCCACUGCCCCAGGGACAGCAGUUCGGUGUCCAGCUGCGCCUCGGGGCUGGAGGAGCGUAGCCCCAUCCCAGGGCCACCGAGCCACCGGGGUCCCCCCAAACGCCCCGACAAGGAGUUCUCAUUCGCUGACGAAGACGACGAUGAGAUCAGAGUAUAAAAGGCGGGCGGCCGAGCCGAGGGGCCUGGUUCUCAUCUACGGUUGCUUGGACACGGGGCCGAACGCCCCGGUGCUGCGAGGGGUGGCACCGGGGAAGACUCCCCCCCUCCCUCGUUCCCUCUCCCCGUCGGACGGUGGACGCACGGCAGCAGGACUGGGCUCUGCUCCCGGGGCCAGGGACAGCCCCGACGC